AUGAGUCAUUCGGAUGCGAAUAUCCCUCUAGUGGAAAUCAUAAGCGAACCAUAUACUUCCACGAAUCCACCUCAAUAUGCCCGCCAAGAUUCACAACAACUGUCCGCAACGUCUACAGCAAGUGGCGAACGAUCUCAUACUACACUUGAUAAUCAAAGUCAAAAUACGACUGAUCAGUCCAAUUUGACCAAUGCACCCCGACACAUUCGCCAACUUGAACGUUCCCUUUCCGAGGCGACUACUGUCGUGAAUGUAGGUGCCGGUCAAUCCCAUAUCGACCUACCCAGGUUCACGGCACGAACAACUGGUCAAUCCUGCUGCCAAGCCCACUCAGACGACAUUUCCAAAUGUGUGUGUUAUACCGUCACGUUCGCUUGUGGGGCUGGACUGGUUUUUGGUGGUAUAGCAGCGGCGUCUGCUUGCUGUAAUGGAUGUCCUCCCUUCUAA